AUGGAAGAUGAAAUUAAGCAUGGAAACGUGACACAUGUGCCUAACAAAGGAAGCCCCGAAAGCCCACAUGUAGCAUGUAGUGAUAGCAAUCACAAUCAGAACAACAACAAUAAAGAACAAGACCGUUUCCUUCCCAUAGCAAACGUCAGCCGGAUUCUGAAAAAAGUUAUCCCCAGCAAUGGUAAGAUCUCCAAAGACGCGAAAGAAACGAUUCAAGAAUGCGUGUCGGAAUUCAUCAGCUUCGUGACAGGGGAGGCAUCGGACAAAUGCCAAAGAGAGAAAAGGAAGACCAUCAAUGGAGAUGAUAUCAUAUGGGCAAUCACCACAUUAGGGUUUGAGGAAUACGUAGGACCCUUGAAAUUGUACUUAAGCAAAUAUAGAGAGAUGGAAGGGGAGAAGCUUAUUUUCCCAAAGCAACAAAGAUCGGACCAAAGGCGACAACAUUCGGAAUAUGAACAAAAUAUAGUUUUCAACAACAAUAACAAUAUUAAUAUUAAUACUAAUAGUAAUAACAAUGUAUAUUCUUCAAUAAAUGUUUACCCUUCUUUUGUUCCUUCGGAUCAACCAUUUUCCUUGCCUUUCUCCUCCAAUUCCUUUCAAAAGCAAUUACAGUAG